GGCUUUAUUAGGAGCUACGAGAAACAUGAACCAGAAGAUACUGAAGUUGGAGAACUUGCUACGAUUUCACGCUCUUUGUAGGCAGCUGCACUGCCUGGGUCAAAGAAGAACGUUAGCCCAGUGGAGACAUGUAUUUUCAUCUGCUUACCCAGUGUGGACAGCUCAGCUCUAUGCCCGGCCCUGGCAAACAGAUGUGUUCAUCGGGGCUGCUUUAUCUCAAUAUAGGCUUCUAGUAACAAAGAAGGAAGAAAGAUCACGGAAAUCUCAGUUAUCUUCAACAAAAUCUAGAAAGGAGGUAGAGGUAUGGAUUGGAAUAACUGUUGAGGAGCUGGCCAGAGCAAUGGAAAAAGACAUAGAUUAUGUAUAUGAAGCUUUAAUGAACACUGCUAUUGACAUAGAUUCACUAGAAGCAGACUCACAUUUAGAUGAAAUCUGGAUCAAAGAAGUGAUAAAGAAGGCAGGGUUGAAGUUAAAAUGGAGCAAAUUAAAACAGGACAAAGUCAGAGAAAAUAAAGAUGCUGUAAGAAGGCCCCAGGCAGAUCCAGCUUUAUUAACCCCAAGGUCCCCGGUUGUUACUAUAAUGGGCCAUGUUGAUCAUGGGAAAACGACGUUACUUGACAAACUGCGAAAAACUCAAGUGGCAGCAAUGGAAGCUGGAGGCAUCACUCAGCACAUUGGUGCCUUUCUUGUCUCUCUGCCUUCUGGGGAAAAGAUAACCUUUCUCGAUACUCCAGGACAUGCCGCUUUCUCAGCAAUGAGAGCCAGAGGUGCUCAGGUCACUGACAUUGUCAUAUUGGUUGUAGCUGCAGAUGAUGGAGUGAUGAAGCAAACUGUGGAAUCUAUUCAGCAUGCCAAAGAUGCUCAAGUUCCUAUUAUCCUUGCCAUAAAUAAAUGUGACAAAGCUGAGGUGGAUCCCGAAAAAGUGAAAAAAGAACUGCUAGCUUAUGAUGUGGUGUGUGAGGAUUACGGAGGCGAUGUGCAAGUAGUGCAUGUCUCUGCACUUACGGGUGAUAAUCUGAUGGCUUUGGCAGAGGCAACAAUUGCUCUCGCAGAAAUGUUAGAAUUGAAAGCAGACCCCAAUGGUCCGGUGGAAGGAACAGUAAUAGAAUCUUUCACAGACAAAGGAAGAGGUCCUGUUACUACAGCUAUAAUUCAAAGAGGAACUUUGAGAAAAGGCUCGAUUCUGGUUGCUGGAAAGAGUUGGGCAAAAGUACGCUUAAUGUUUGAUGAAAAUGGAAAAACAAUCAAUGAGGCCUCUCCUAGCAUGCCAGUGGGAAUUAUAGGCUGGAGAGACCUCCCUUCUGCAGGAGAUGAAAUUCUUGAAGUAGAAUCUGAGCCAAGGGCACGUGAAGUUGUUGACUGGAGGAAGUAUGAGCAACAACAGGAGAAAAAUAAAGAGGAUCUGAAAAUGAUAGAAGAAAAACGAAGGGAACACCAAGAAGCACAUCGGAAAGCUCGUGAGAAGUACGGCACUUUGAACUGGAAGGAGAGAUCAUUUAUAAAGUACCAAGAGAAAAGAGAACAACCCUUAAAGCCAAAAGAGAAAAGAGAAGGAGAUUCACAUAUACUUCCUAUUAUUAUUAAAGGUGAUGUCGAUGGUUCCGUUGAGACCAUUUUGAACAUUAUGGAUACCUAUGAUGCUUCACAUGAGUGUGAACUAGAAUUAGUACAUUUUGGUGUGGGUGAUAUUACUGAAACUGAUGUUAACCUUGCUGAAACAUUUCAUGGUGUUAUAUAUGGCUUCAAUGUGAAUGCAGGCAAUGUUAUCCAGCAGUCAGCUGCAAAAAAAGGAGUAAAAAUUAAACUUCACAAAAUCAUUUACCGUCUUAUUGAAGAUUUGCAGGAGGAACUGAGCAGCAGAUUGCCCUGCACUGUCGAAGAGCACCCAAUUGGUGAGGCUUCUAUACUAGCCACCUUCUCUGUAGCAGAAGGGAAGAAAAAAGUUCCUGUGGCUGGCUGCAGAGUCCAAAAGGGACAGUUAGAAAAACAAAAAAAAUUUAAAUUAAUCCGUAACGGACAUGUUAUUUGGAAGGGCUCAUUAACCUCACUGAAACACCAUAAAGAUGACAUUUCAGUCAUCAAAACUGGAAUGGAUUGUGGUCUCAGUUUGGAUGAAGAAAAGAUAGAAUUUAAAGUGGGAGAUGCAAUUAUUUGUUAUGAAGAAAAGGAAGUUCUAGCCAAGACUUCUUGGGAUCCAGGAUUUUAAAAUUAUAUUAAAAAUGUAAAUAAUUAAAUGUCUUGAUUAAAGAGCAACUAGUUUUGCUUUACUGAAGGUAAGAAUUCACCACUACUGGUCAAAAAGUACCCAAGUAGUUCAAGUGUUAAUGCAUAACUCAAAAUGCUACAGAAAUUGGAAACCUUAAGGAU